AGCAGAUCAGGGAGCUGUUCCGAAUCAACCAAACGAGUGGAGUGAUUUGGGCGAUGAGGGCGCUGGACGCUGAGACUAGCGCCUUGUACCAGCUGCGAGUCAAAGCCACAGACGGCGGUUCGCCUCCACUAAGCGAUUUCGCUCUUGUUCAGGUUCACGUCCUGGACGAAAAUGAUAAUUCGCCGAAAUUCUCACGAUUGUUUCGUGCUGAGGUGCAAGAGAAUGCUCCGAUUGGUACCUUUGUUACGCAGGUUUCCAGUGCAGACGCCGAUGCUGACAGCGUUGUAGAGUAUCGUUUCGACGUGCAAGGCACAGCACCUGAAGCUGCACCUUUUUGGAUUGAUCCGCGCUCAGGCGUGAUUUCAACCACUGCAGUUCUGGAUCGGGAACAGAAAUCCGAAUACACGUUGAAAGUGGUCGCAGCUGAUGGCCUAUGGCAGGUGCGCACCUCGGUGGUGAUUCGCGUUCUGGAUCAGAACGAUCAUGCGCCCCGAUUCAGCCAGGAGAGCUUCCGGUUCCCCUUGCGCAGUGAUGUAGCGGCAAUUGCCGGAGGUUUGGUUGGACAGGUGAACGCCAGCGAUCCGGAUGAGGCUCAAAACGGCCUGGUACUCUAUUCUCUGCUCUGUCCCGGGGGUCGUUUCUCGAUAGACCCCUUAACGGGCCGUAUAUUCGUGGCUUGGCCGUGGAACAGCCUGAUUUUGGGGCCGUCGCUAGCUGCUGCUGGUUGCAGCUAUAUCGUAAACGAAAACAACAACAAUGUCAGCAGCGAUCAGCAUAUCGAAGUUCGGUGUGAAGUCAAAGCUUCAAAUCAAGACGCUUUAUCCAGCAGCAGCUUGGAAACUAAGGCUGUGGUCACCAUCGAGAUCCCGCUCAGUGACAACGGCCAGCAUACACCGGAAGAAGUAUCGAGCACAUCAACCGAAUUCGGUGGAUACGAAAUGGCCCAGUUCGACUACCUGGGCAAUUCGCUUCCGCCGGAACUUGGGCACGAGCCUAUUGGGGAGAUGCGGCAGCAGCAGGAUGAGGAGGGGCAGGAAGGCCUGCAGGGUCAGCAGAUUACCCGACGAUCUGCUCUCAUCGGGCCU